AUGUCGAAGGCGGUUGCCGGCCAUGACAUCUCUGCUAGGGACGUUGCGAACGUCUCUGAAAUCUCCCACUUAGUCCAGCAAGACAAGACGCCAUGGUACAGGAAGAAGAAUCUUCGGCGUCUUUAUCUUUUUCUUGUCCCAGCCGCGCUUGGAAUUGAAGCCACAAGUGGGUUCGACGGAAGCGUGCUCAACGGGCUUCAGGCUGUCCAGCCCUGGGAAGACUACUUCAACAACCCAAAUGGCGCCCUCCUCGGUGUGAUUACUGCGGCCUUCUCCAUCGGUGCCGUGGUUGCGGUGCCACUCGUCCCCUAUGUCAAUGAUCGCUUUGGUCGCAAGCCUUGCAUCGUGUUUGGAAGUGUUAUCAUAGUCAUUGGUGCGAUCCUGCAAGCUGCAGCAGUUGACAUUGCCAUGUUCCUGGUCGCCAGAAUCAUCCUCGGAAUGGGAAUCGUAUACGGAAUCAGCGGAGCAUCCCAGCUCAUUGCCGAGCUGACAUAUCCCAAAGAACGGUCUGUGAUCACUGGUCUUUUCAACGAAAGCUGGUAUGCUGGAGCCAUCUUGGCCGCGGGCAUCACCUUGGGGACAUAUUCUUGGGACAGUAACUGGAGCUGGCGAUUGCCGUCGCUUUUACAACUCUUGCCCUCAUCGUUGCAGCUCAUGUUCAUCUGGUUCAUUCCGGAGUCGCCCCGUUUCUUGAUUUCGAAAGACCGCCAUGAAGAAGCCCUGGAAAUUCUGAUCAAAUAUCAUGCGGAAGGUGACCGAUUAAGCCCACUGGUCGCCGCCGAGUUCCAGCAGAUUCGGCAAACCAUCCGCUUGGAAAUAGAGAACACCAAGAGGCCGUGGAAAGAGCUCGUGACAUCUAGUGUGAACCGACGACGAGUAUUCAUUGCAGCCUGCGUCGGCUUGUUCUCGCAGUGGUCAGGCAACGGUCUCGUCAGCUACUACCUGAGCAAAGUCCUGGCCACUGUUGGAAUCACCAAAAAGAGAACGCAGAAUGAGAUCAAUCUCGGCCUUUCCUGCUGGAACUUGGUGACCGGCGUCACCGGUGCUCUGCUGGCUCAUAUUCUUCCCCGGAGACGCCAGUACCUCAUUUCGUACUGUGGCAUGACUGUGCUCUUUGCUUGCUGGACUGCGGCUUCGGCGGUGUAUGCAAAAGACCACACGAACAAUUCAGCUGCAAUCGCUGUCGUCGCACUGAUCUUCAUCUAUUACGGCUUCUACAACCUCAUGAUGCCACUCACCUACAUCUUCAUCUGCGAAAUCUUCCCGUUCAUCCAUCGGAGCAAAGGCGUGGCAAUUACACAGUUCUUCUCGCGAGGCGGCAGCUCCUUCAAUCAAUUCGUCAACCCCAUUGGGCUUCAGGAUAUCACUUGGAGAUAUUACAUCGUGUACGUGGCGUGGCUCGCGGUGGAGACCAGUGUGAUUUUCUUGGUCUAUCCCGAAACACGUGGGCCAUCGCUCGAAGAAGUUGCCGUGAUCAUGGAAGGUGACAAGGCCAAAGUCGAGGUCAUUGAAGUCGGUGCCUCGACAGCCAAGGCCGGAGUAGGUGUACAGGAGGUCGAGAAGGCUUGA